CCAUUGGACUUGCACGAACCCAAAACCCAAAGGAGAAAAAUCUUAGACAAAUAAGGUUUCGCCUUACCUUAUCUGUUGAAUAAAAGUUUAUCGUCUAUCAGCGAGAAGAUAAAAGAGAAAAUGGAGGCAGCAGGGUUGCAAAUGGCACUUCCUAUACUGGGAAUUGUAGCUGCUGCUGCUGUUACUUUCUAUGCCGUAAGCUUUUCUGAGCUAAGUGAGAAAUCUUUUAGGGACUUGGAUGAGUCAGAAAAUGAAGGUGGAGGUGGAGGUUUCAGGCCAACUCUCAGCUCUAGGGAAAGAAGAGCCAGAAGAAAGGCUGAGAAACAGUCCAAGAAAUAAAAAUUAUAAAGGCAAAACUUAAUUUGUAAUAAUUAUUUUUUUUCUUAAACAAUUGUUAGAUUCCUAUAGUGAUGAAACGUAUAAAACCCAUGAUAUUUCUUAUUAGAUGUAUUUUGAAUGGAACAAUUAAAUAUAAAAUAUUUAUUUUAUUGACAAAUUAA